AUGGAUUUGUCGGGCGAUCCGUCGAACAAGUUCAUGCCCAUCCAUCAGUGGUGUGCUCGCAGAGAGCGUGGAUUAGAAUCAAGGUUUGGUGAUGCAGACGCAAUCCAUCGCACUAUAUACCGCUCGCUGGAGCCGAAGAAGAUAUGGAACGAUCCUGGCCGAUUCCCCGGUAUUGUACGCGAUUAUGGUGGUGCAUUCAACCUGGAAUUUUCACCAGAUGGAACACUUUUGGUUGCGGCCUGUCAAAAGAAAUCGAUUGUGCUGUUCGAUCCACUGACGGAGAUACAGAUCUGUGCCGUGAAGAAUGCCCACACCGAGUGUGUAAACUGCAUCAAGUUUAUUGAUCACCGCAUAUUUGCCACCUGCUCCGAUGACACCACGGUCGCUUUAUGGGACAUCCGCAAUCUGACCACGAAGCUUCGCACCUUGAACGGGCAUAGUGGUUGGGUGAAGAACAUCGAGUAUUCGAAGCGCGAUGGCAUGUUGCUGUCAUCUGGGUUCGACGGUUCCAUCUAUGCAUGGGAGAUAAACAACUUCACCGAAUAUGGUUCCGUCUACCGGCGAGUACUUCACACCUCUGGACUAUUGCGGUCGCGCUUAACGCCAGACGAAAACCGGCUAGUGAUCAGUAUGAGCAGCGGUUAUUUAAUGGUCAUCCAUGACCUGGAUCUUGCCAAUCUCGCAAGCGAUCUUGAUGGAUUCUAUCCUAACGUUUACAGGCUGAUGCAGGUCGGCCGUCAGCUUAUCCCAAUGGCAGCGCGCUUUAGGCCCAUGUUUUACUCAAAGCGGAAGAAGAACCGUAUCGAACUAGUGACAGACUUUCCUCCCAAUAACAAUCCGGAAAUGAUCUGUGGACUAGCUAUGCACCCGCAAGGCUGGUGUUCCCUGUCCAGAAACGUGUCCACAGACGAAAUGUCCGAGUGGUCCGUUGUGCACGAUAUACAAGAACUGCCGCAGGAUGAAGAAAUGGACGAAGAUGAGGGGGAAAUGGUAGAGCGUGAGCAGGAGCGCCGAGAGGAACAAGAGGAAGAAGUAGAGGAACCGGCAAACAGCGGUUCGGAAAUAGCAACAGGACCGCAACCUGGUACGAGCGGAUUAUCCAGACGAACGACUAGAAACAGUCAGAUGGGAAGCGUUUUUCGCUUAAAUGUUACCAUGCGAGAAAUGAUGCCAUCGGCCGAUGCAAACAACGAACCGCCAUCAGGUAGCAAUGGAAAUAACUCAAACGCGAGCACAAACGAGCCGGAACCUUCCGGAAGUCGUAGCAAUUUAGUACCACCACCGCAGCAAGAACCGCAUGGUGGUGAACCAGGACCAAGCGCACAGUCUGUGCCUAUUGGUAGUGGUGGCCGUCCAGCUGGGCGUGGCAGACGCGUAAUGGUAACGGGGCGAUACCUUCGUUCCGAUAUUGCAAGCACCGAUAUAUGGGCAACCGAGAUAACGUUCCGAGAGCGUAAGAACAUGCCCAGCACGCAAGUGCGCAGCAAUCGUGGACAAAUAUAUGGGAUCGUGUCGGGCGUAAGCUCUUCCGCAAGUACCGGUUACACUGGUUCAGGGAGAAAGCGUGUGACUGAAACGGUUUCCAAAAAUGCUUCCCGUAUGCUUUACUACAUUCAAGAAUCUACCACGAAGCAAGGUUACAUCAAGGAGUCAUGUUUCUCACCAGACGGACGUAUAAUCUGUUCGCCGCAUGAGAAUGGUUUUCGUUUGCUAUCAUUCAACGAAAGCUGCAGCCAACUGCAACAUGCCACCGGAAUUUGGCGUAACGAGAACGUCCAGCAGCUGCAGGAACUGAAACGUAAGCAAUGCCACUCGUCCAUGGUUGUAAGCAGCCAGUUUAGCCCACGAUUUCCUCUGCUCGUUACGGGUUGCUUGCUGGGCAAAAUUGUCUGGCAUCAACCGGCACUGUACUGA